UUCUCAAAAAGGCCCAGUAAUGUUCCUUCAUCAAACCAAACAGAAGGAGAAACGAUGAUUCUCUUGAGAAAAUAAACCCUAAGAAAAACCCUUGGCCAUGGUGGUUGGUGGUCUGAGAGAGUUCGCGCUCAGAAGAAGCGGAGAUGGCUCACCAGCUCUGGACGAGUCUAACGGCGAGGAGCUUAUGCACGUGCAGCCCUCAGUCGCCGUCGCUCUCGGCAGCCGCUCCGUCGAGUCUCCCGGAACUCUCUACAUCACUUCCAGGAAACUGAUUUGGCUGAGUGAUGUAGACGUGGCGAAAGGCUACGCCGUGGAUUUCUUGUCGAUAUCGCUUCACGCGGUUUCUAGAGAUCCACAAACUUAUUCAUCUCCUUGUAUUUAUACUCAGAUUGAAGUUGUAGAAGAUGAUGAGGAUGAUACAGAGUCCGCUGGAGUGUUGGAAUUGUCUAAGAUCAGAGAGAUGAGGCUUGUUCCUUCAGAUGCUACCCAAUUGGAUACUCUGUUUGAUGUGUUCUGCGAAUGUGCUGAGCUGAAUCCAGAACCAGUUGAAGAAGAAGAAGAAGAAAGUGGACAUAACUGGGUGUUUAGUGCUGAUCAGAUGGUUGUUGGUGGUGGAGGGGAAGAAGAUGCAGAAUGGCAAAUAUCUCAGAGCCCGACGAGUGUGAUUGGUCAUUCCAAUGGAGGAGAUGAAAGCAUUGCUCAGCCUAUGCUCGAGCUCCGGAUCAAUGAUCAGAGGUUUGAUGAUGCUGAAGAGAUGGUUCAUGAAAGCGAGACCAAAGAUCACUAAUUUGUUAAAACAAUGUACUCUAAAUCCCAGAGUUGUUUCCUAUGUUUGAAACAAUGUUGUAUCUGUCUGUGUUCUUUAAAGUUUAUGUGCUUUGUUAAAUAUGAGCUGAGAUGCUCAUCUUGUCAUCUCUCUCAUUAAUCAUUACUCGUUGAAGAACCAGAACGUAUAAGCAUGAGCCUAACAUCCGUGCUUAAUUUCAUCAGUUUACAAUUAUUAUGGUGUUGCUGCUACUUGCAAGCAUUACCUGUAACUGCAAGGGUUUUUUUUGUUUGACAAUUCAUGUCUAUGAAAUAAUAGCUUCUAUGU